AUGCCGGACGCCUGGGGCGCCUUCCGUUCAAGGCUCGUCGCCUUCAUCGCCACACUGUUCUUAGGCCUUGUACCAACAAGUUUCGGAUUAUUAACGACAAGCGGCUCGCCGUGUACAGACGUCUGCUCCAAGAUCUCGACUAAUACCACCGGGUCUGAGAUCGUUUGUCUGGAUAAGCAAUUCAACACCACUACCGUCGGCAAGGAUUUCAAAGAAUGUGUCUCUUGCCAGUUGGAUAGCACUUACUACGAUUCGACUACUGGAGAAGCCGACGUGUCGUGGGGUCUAUAUAAUCUCCGUUACGCGUUUACCUCAUGCAUCUUCGAUUACCCAAAGAAAAUCGUCAAUAUCUCAACACCAUGCGUGGUUACAUGUUAUUCACUAAAGACGGCGCUCGACUUCGACUUGACAAGCCCGAGCGCGAACAACUUUGACAGCUUCUGCGGGACAUCCGCCUUUGCGGAUAAUGUAGUCACCUCGUGUGAAACGUGCUACAACGAAACCACUAAUCAGAUCUAUAUGGCUAACUUCCUUGAAGCUGUCCGGUAUGACUGCCACUACCGAACCCCCAGCGGCUCAGCCUUUGCUAUCAGUCCUAGCCGCAUCUUCAAGGAGUCUCUCCUUCCGACGACAACCAGCGCGCUCGGAACCUCGACUUCGACCUCCGGAUCGAGUGUGAAGGAUCUAACACUCCUAAUCGCCUUGCCCAUCCUGGGAUUCAUUGUUUUGGCAUGCGCGACUACCGUCUGCUGCUUCUUCUUCAUCCGCUCGCGCCGCAGGAAGAUACGAGCACGAAGACAGACCAGCCAUUUGUACGCGCGUUGGAACGAUACUUCCAUGAGCACCCCCGGUAUGCGCCAUAGCUGGGGCCAGUUUGUGCCCCAGCAGACUCCCGGGGGUAACGCAGAGCAGUGGAACGUGCCGGCCGAGUACAGCCAAGGAUUCAACUUUGCCGAGCCUAGCGAGCCUAGCGAAUAUCAGGCCCAAAUGGCGGAAUACUAUUCAAAAGGCGACGUUGUUGAGAUGAUGAAGCCCGUCUUUCAUUCAGAUAACGUACCACAGAUGUCAUUUCCUCUGGAAACCGACUCGAAGGACAAAUACCCUGAUUCUGUGCCGAUUCCACCGCCGCUGCAUGAGUAG